CUGAUCACUAAGAAGGAGAGAAAUUUUAUUUACUUAUUUAUUUUUAAUUGCAGGGUAAUUGCUUUACAUAAGGAACAUGGUGACACUAAUUCAUACACUAGCAGAUCAUGGUGAUGAUGUCAAUUACUGUGCCUUUUCUUCUUCCCUUUUGGCUACUUGCUCCUUGGACAAGACAAUUCGUCUCUAUUCAUUAAAUGACUUUAAUGAACUCCCAUAUUCUCCACUAAAGUGUCACACAUAUGCUGUCCACUGUUGCUGUUUUUCACCCUCAGGACAUAUUUUAGCAUCCUGUUCAACAGAUGGUACAACUGUCUUAUGGAAUACUCAAACUGGACACAUUUUGGCAGUGUUGAAUCAACCUAAUGACAGCCCUGUAAGGGUAUGCAGGUUUUCUCCAGAUUCUAUGUAUUUGGUUUCUGGAGCAGCUGACGGCACUGUAGUGUCAUGGAAUAUGCAGACGUACAAGUUGUUUAGGUGUGGAAGUGUUAAAGAUGGUUCUUUGGUGGCCUGUGCAUUUUGUCCUAAUGGAAGCCACUUUGUCACGGGAUCAUCAUGUGGAGACUUAACAGUCUGGGAUGAUAAAAUGAGGUGCUUACAUAGUGAAAAAGCACAUGAUCUUGGAAUCACCUGCUGUGAUUUUUCUUCACAGCCAAUUUCUGGUGAUGUACAUGGCCUCCAGUUUUUCCGAAUGGCAUCGUGUGGUCAAGACUGCCAGAUCAAACUUUGGGUUACUACACUUUCAGAUUUAUCGGGUUUUGAAUUGAAGUAUAAAUGUACACUGAGUGGACACUCUGCUCCAGUUCUGUCUUGUGCUUUUUCUUACGAUGGUCAGAUAUUAGUUUCAGGAUCUGUGGACAAAUCUGUGAUUGUGUAUGAACCUAAUACUGGGAACAUUCUUCACACUUUGACGCAACAUACCAGGUAUGUUACAACCUGUGCCUUUGCACCCAAUAUUCUUUUACUUGCUACUGGGUCGAUGGACAAAACAGUGAACAUCUGGCAAUUUGAACUGAAAGCACAUUGUCAAGCAGAUAAGCCAGAACAUGAACCAAAGCAAUUUAUUGAAACUUGGUCAGAGGAAGAAGUUUCAUCAUGGCUUUGUGCACAAGGUCUAGAAGACCUUGUUAAUAUUUUCAAGAUGAACAACAUUGAUGGCAAAGAACUAUUGAAUCUUACAAAAGAAAGUCUGACUGAUGACUUAAAAAUUGAAUCUCUUGGUCUUCGAAAUAAAGUGUUAAGGAAAAUUGAAGAACUAAAGGUAAAGGUGAAAUCCCUUUCUUCUGGAAUUCCAGAUGAAUUUCUGUGUCCAAUAACUAGAGAACUAAUGAAAGAGCCAGUCAUUGCAUCAGAUGGAUAUUCUUAUGAAAAGGAAGCAAUAGAAAAUUGGAUCACCAAAAAGAAGCGAACAAGUCCUAUGACUAAUCUGGUUCUUCCUUCACUGGUACUAACACCAAAUAGGACUCUGAAAAUGGCAAUCAAUCGCUGGUUAGAGACUCAUCAGAAAUGAAACUUAGGUAGAGUUUUAGCAGCUUUAAAGGAAAACAUCAAAUCAAAAAUGUUAUAUCCAGAGAGAAGGUAAGCUGUGUUUAACUAGUUAUUACAUUUUUUUCUUUAAAACAUUGUAAAUUAAAUUCUAACCUUAUUUACAUUGGCAUUUUUCUUUUACAAGUACAAAAGCACUCUAAUGAACAUGUCCAACAACAGUAAGGGUUCCUUUGACAUUAGACAGCAAUGUCUUUUAAUGUUAACUAUCUCAGCAACAAAGACUAUAGCCAAAUUAACUUGGUGGUAGGUAUAAAUAUCAAAUUAUUACAAUAAAUGCCACUCUAAAUAAAACUUCAUUUUAGCAUUGGUAGCAUUCAAUUAGCAGAAUUGAACAUUUGUUAGUUUGAACU